AUGGAUGUUCGAGGGCUGGAUGGCUCGCAGUCGCAGUCGGAGCGCCCGGGUAACAAACGCCCUUGGGAUGAAGCAAGAACUUCAUCAAAAGGGAAUGUCUGGCAUGGAGCGCCAUUACCUCCUAUGGAUGCUGUACCGCCACAUCGACAUGUGGAAAAGAUGCCCAAUUCAUAUAGUCCCUAUUCAAGAGAACUUUCGGAGUCGGAGGCCAAAAGACCGAAAUAUGAUCGCAGUGAGCAUCGUGGAAAUUAUGAGCUUAAUGGUCAGCUGCCUCACUCGCCGGCAAGACGUAAGUCAAAAAAGCCCUCACGCACACAAUAUAUUGAUGACUAACAAACUUGAUUCUUUAGAGUCAAUGUAUGCUUCCAAUCAAGAAUACUGGCCCCCUCCUCCUCCGUCAACAUCUGGUUUUGCUCAGCAGCAAAAACCAGUGGUGUGGGAAACGAUGAGCAAGCAUCCGGGUCACCCACCGGUUAUACGGCUGGAUUCCCCAGAGUCCACCAAUUUAUGUAGGCGCUGCAAGAAAGUUCUUGGGCAGCACGAAGAUGUGGAUAUGCUCGAAUCUUCCGCAGGAGAGAGCAUCGAAAGCGUCACGCAAGCCGCUGCAGCAGCGCUUACUCAGCUAGCGGAAACCCUUGGUUCCGGUAUUUCUUCCGAGCAGAGGGUCGCCUGUUUGGUUAGUCUUACAUUCAAAUACCCCGCGGCUAUGUACCGUCAUCCCGAACCUCUUGGGCCCUUUGACUAACUUUCACAUAUGGAUAGAGCCCCGGCCAACGAAAGACGGUGGGGGUAUGCCCUACUGAUUUCCCAUUGCCAUCCAAAGGCGGCUUGACUGCUUCGUUGAGCUGGCUUCUUGAAAGGCUUCAGCAAGCUAAUAGCCUGGCCGAUAAGUUAGUACGGCAUGUACCUCAAGGCGUGCUGUCCUCCCAGAACGGCGACUUUUCAAGAGACCGUAAUCUUAACCAACGAAUCAAUGGUGAGAAUAUGAAGCGGCGUUGGGAGAACGAUAUUCCAAAUCAGGCCUUCGACAUUAAGGUCCAAGCGAAUACGACCCAAAGAGCCUCAAGAAUAGGGGAACGACCUUCCAUCAGUUCACAAUAUGAUCAACAUCAGCCCCAGCCAUCUGAAGGUUCACGAAUUCCAACUAUGAAUCCACCUCAUGGGCCAGGCCGCCAACUGCCAUCACCACCUGGACGAUCCAUCCCUUCUCCAACAUCACUCAAUUUUCCAUCUCCUUUAGCACCUACAUUUGGAAACGCCUCACAGCCUGUCAACCUACCACCUCCCUCGGCUAUUCAUCAAUCUCCUAUUAAUGGCUUCUUACCACCCAUUGGCGGCUCACAUUCCGACAGUGCAAUGCAAACACUUUCCGCGUCUCUUCAACAUGAAGUUUCAGUACAGAAGAUUGCUUUAUCAACCCUUCAGGCGGAGCAUGACAAACUUCUUGCAGCUUACCUUCGAUCCCAAACCAGAGCCAGUGCAUUGGAGAAGAAACACAACGUUUCAGACGCGGAAAUAAUCAGCUUGACGGAAGAGAAAAUUAGACUCCAAUCACAGGUCAUGGAACUAGAAAAGGACAUCGAAGACAUCUCCAAAAGCCGAGACGAGUGUCGCCAAUCGGCAGUGGCAGAAGUAAAUCAAUACGUCGACAUGGUGAAGAAGGCUACUCAGCUAGAGAUCAUGGCAGCCGAGGAUCGCAAGAACUGGAACUCGAAGAAAGCGGAACUAGAGAAGAGGAUCGAGAUGUUGAGGAUUGGGAGUCUGCAUAAGGAGACUUCGAUAUCGACGGGCGUCAAUACACCGAAUACCUCGGUCAGUCAAGAAGCUGAGGGGAUUACAGCCGCGUUUGAGGCUUUGGAUCGCUUGCGUAGGGAACAGAUGGGGGAGGGUGUACAACAACUACACCAACAGUCUACAUCCGAGCCACAGACAGGACAUGUGGAAAAGGUCAGGGUUCUUGAGGAAGAGGUGAACACGUUGCGGAAUCGAUGUAUGGAGAUGGAGAAGGCGUUGCAUAACAUCAGAGACAACAGUCGAUCAAUGGAAGGACUCGUCGAGGCGCUGGGACUCGCAGGGAAAACAAUACUGGAUCAAGCGACCAAAAUUCUGGGGGAUUAACCAGAACUUCUUUUUUGUCUUUCUUUUGUUUUUGCUUUUAUCUAGACUGUACUUGGUACUGUCCAUUGGAGUGGAAGGGAUUGCAUAUUCAUGGGUUAGCAUCGGCGUUUUAAGUAUGUAUGUACAUCUGUGACGGCGUUCUUGGGAGUGGAUUUGCUUGCUGCUUUUUUUUGUAAGUCUUGCAUUGGUACUGGGUGGGAGCGCGAUUUUUGGUAUGGUAUGCAUGUGCGUGGCUUCUGAACAGAACCGAGAAUGGGGUUUUCUUGCAUAUAUAUACGGAGUGUAGGUAACAGAAAAGAAAAGAACCGAAAGUCCCCUGAGAAAUAGUUGUCAGAUAUAUUCCCGCGCUCGCGAAAGUUCGUUUUAUUUUGAGCAAUGCAUCGGGGUGUACAGGUAAAGGCGCGCCUGUUAUUCAGUCUGUAUUACAGUGCGUAUAUAUACUUCUACUACAGUACACUAGCUCCUGGUCCGUGUUCUUAUCCUGCCACUUUAGGCUAUUGUAGCCCAUUCAACAGUCUUUCAUUUCCUUUAUUUCACAGCGAGCGAGCUCCUCUUCGUUUAUUACCAGUUAUGGCAUUUCUGCUUACAAAUUGCCGAGAUAGAUCUUACCGUAUCCUCAUUCUUUCUUUUCUUCAUACUCUUGCUAUACAGGGCCAAUAGCCACCUAUCAACCAUCCAUUUUAGAGUAACCGGUACUGUAUAAAUCUCUUCUAACGAAGCCUCGACAUCCAAUCUCCACAAAUGCUGAUGUCAAAACCGAAACGAUCCGACCAUAACCGUUAGACGCCUCGUGGGGCUUGGCGGCGGUCCUUGCAGUGUUGUGUCAUACAGACUGGAGUAGUACAGUGAUCGAAGUUUUGAACAGGUGAUGGUCAGUGAGCGGCUGGUGAGGUCCUAUCGUUGGGUUGUGGCUGCUUGUUCGAGGGUUUGUUUUGUUUAUCUGUGAGAGAUGUACGUGGUUCCUUGGGUGCAUGGAGAGGGACUUUGUGGGUGAUAGACUCUUGGCGAGGGCUGAGGGUAUCUUUGGAUGUUGUCGGGUGGCUUGAUUGUAGAUGGGAUGAGUGGUGUUUGAUUGGGGUUAGGCAUUUGCAAGUAGUCGUUAUUAUUAUAUUGAUGUAGAUAGAGAAGGUAUCAG